AUGAGAGAGUUUUUCAGAGAUAUCUCACGUGUAUAUACAGCAAACUCUGGCGUGUAUACUCCACCUCUCAAAGUCAGCUCGUACAUGGUGUUAUUCUUCUAUAUUCUGACUCCUAUUGCUACUCUUGCCUGUGCUAUCCGAUGGCUGGUGUAUUUCUACUGGACAAUAGAUUUCGAUCAUCUCAUGGAAAUUCACUGGAUUACCAAUGACAUCGUCUCUCUUGUCGCGAACAUUCUACAAUUGUUGUUUUUCAUGGGGGUAUUCGCAUUUACAUGGUACUUAACGGACGAUAGACUCGACGCUCAUCAUAAAGCGCAUGCUCGUGGAGACAUCGCAAUCCUUUUCGGGUGUUGUUUCGUGCUAUUUGUAAAACUAGUAGGUGUAAUGCUUCUUAAGAACAUCGUAUGCAUGGUAACUUAUGGUAACCUUACCAGAUCCUGCAAUCAAUUGAAAUAGAA